CCGAUUUGGGCAGCGGCGCGCCCGGCGCUGCCGGCAGAGUGUGCGGGCGCGGUGCCGGAGGCAGCUCGGCCCCGGGGGGGUGCGGCGAGGCAGGAGCGACCCCCCCGCGUCCCCGCGGUCCCCGCGAUCCCCGCCCUGCAUGCCCGCGGCGGCGGCAUGGCCCGCAGGCAGGCGCGGGCGGGCGGCGGGCGCUGGCUGCCCUGGCUGGGGYUCGCCCUGCUGCCGCUGGCCGUGCCCCCCGCCUCCGCCCCCGCCGCCUGCCCCUCCGCCUGCUACUGCGUGGCCACCCCGGAGCUGGUGCAGUGCCGCUACGAGCGGCUGCAGGAGCCCCCGAGGGAGCUGCCGGCCGCCGUGCACAACCUCAGCAUCGCCGGCAGCAACCUGAGCGUCCUGGCCCGCGCCGCCUUCGCCGCCCGCCCGCUGCGCGACCUCCGCCUGCUCCGCCUGCGCCACGACAACAUCCACACCAUCGAGGACAUGGCCCUGCAGGGGCUGCCCGCCCUGCGCACCCUCGACCUGAGCCACAACCCGCUGCUCUCGGUGGCGGCGGGCGCCUUCGCCGGGGCGCCGCUGCUGCGCACGCUGCAGCUGAACCAGGCGCUGCUGGCGGCCCCGCUCGAGGAGCAGCUCGCCCCGGCCCUGCGCAACCUCAGCCUGCGGCGCCUGGAGCUGGCGGGCAACGGGCUGCGGGCGCUGCCGGCCGCGCUGCUGCCGCCCGGCCUGGAGGAGCUGGACCUGCGCAACAACUCUCUGCAGCGGCUGGCGGCCGCCGAGCUGCGCAGCCUGGACUCGCCCGAGCUGCGGGGGCUGCGCCUCAGCCUGGCCUCCAACCCGCUGAGCUGCGACUGCGGCCUGCGCCCGUUCCUGGUUUGGCUGCGCGCCGCCGCCGCCCGAGUGCUCGACGCCCGCAGCCUGCGCUGCGCGGGCCCGCCGGGGAUGCGCGGCACCGCCCUGCUCCGCCUGCGCCCCGAGGCGCUGCCCUGCGCCCGCAGCGACGGCGCCGAGCCGGGACAGCUGGAAACCGCGUCCUACGUGUUCUUCGGCAUCGUGCUGGCGCUCAUCGGCAUCGUGUUCCUCAUGGUGCUCUACCUGAACCGCCGCGGCAUCAAGCGCUGGCUGCACAACCUGCGCGAGGCCUGCCGCGACCAGAUGGAGGGCUACCACUACCGCUACGAGCAGGACGCUGAUCCCCGCUGCGCCGCCGCCAUCGGCACCCCCGGCCUCUGAGGGCACCUCUGGCACUGAGGGCAUCUCCGCUCUGAGGGCACCCCGGCUCU